AUGAGCGUGCUGAUCCGCAACGCGCAGCGCGCCGCGCCUCUGCGCCGGGUGCCGCUCCGUCGCGCCGUCUGCGCGCUGCGGGCCGCGCUGGGCGCCGCGCACUUCGACGUUGCGCUGAUCUGCGCCGGCGACGGGCUGAUGAGGCGGCUGAACGGCGUGUACCGCCGGCGCCCCGAGCCCACCGACGUGCUGUCCUUCCCCUACCAUCGGGUGGCGCCGGGCGAGCUCCCGCGGCCGCGCAGCCGCGACGAGUACAACCUCGGGGACAUCUUCCUGGGGGUGGAGCUCAUCCAGCGGCGGUGCCGCCGGGACGGGGAGGACUUCGAGAGCGUGCUGACGAUUUUAGCUGCGGGAGGCGAGACUCUGAUUGGAGCGGUGUCCACUUGAGCGAGCGGUGGGCCCAGGGAAACCUCGUGUUCUCGUGCGUAUUCUCAUGGGACCGUGAAUCUCAUGGUAUCGUGUGUAUUAGAGAAUAUGAAUGUUGGACACAGAAAGCCUGCAUAUGCAUACAGACCGGGGGAGGACAGGCUAGAAAGCAGCCCUGUGGAAAGGGAUCUGGGGUUUUUGGAUGACAGAGAGUUGAACCUGAGCCAGCAGCGUGCCUGGGCAGCCAGAAGGGCCAACCGUACACUGAGGUGCACCAGACCCAGCACUGCCAGCUGGGAGAAGGAAGGCAAUGUCCCCCUGGUGCAGCCUCACCUGGAGCACUGGGGGCAGGUCAGGUGCCAGAGUAUGAGAAGGACAUAAAGCUAUUGGAGAGCAUCCAAAGGAGGGCUGCAAAGAUGGUGAAGGAUCUGGAGGGCAACGUGUGUGAGGGGUGGCUGAGAUCCUUGGUUUGUUCAGCCCAGAGCAGAGGAGGCUGAGGGAAGGAAUCAAGGUGGCCUAAAGCUUCCUGGUGAGGGGAGCAGAGGAGCAGGCACUGAUUUGAACUGGUUGAGAGCGGCGGCCAACGGCUCAAUGUCCGGAUGGAGACCAGCGGACGAGUGGUGUCCAUUAGGGGUCA